UCAGGACAAAGAAUCUUUGUUUCUGUAACAUGGACACCACUAGAAGAAGGAAAAGUCAGAGAACUGGUAACUUUUAUUAUUAAUGGCAUUGUAAAACAACAAGCUGUGCUCCUGGGUGUUGCUGAGCAGCCUGUGAAGAAAAAGAAGAGUCUUUGGGAUACUAUAAAAAAGAAAAACUCUUCAGAAAAAUCGGCUUCAAAAAAAGUUAAAAAAAGUACUUCAAAAGUCAAAAAUGUUAAUAAAACCUUUCAAGUUUCCCAGAAGGUGGAUAGACUUAGGAGCCCACUCCAACCCUGUGAAAAUCAGAACACAAUGCAAAAUAGUAUAUCCCCAGGAAAUGACUCUUUUGUGGGCUCAGAAAAUAAAUUGCCAAUAUCUCCUAUUGCACCAAUGCUAGAGGACCAUUGCAAUACUGUUUGCACACCGCUUGCAAUGAGAAGAUCUACUACAUUCUCAGAUAUUGCUGCCGCUGUAAAUGAGGAGUUAUUGCCUGAAAUAGAUAGCUGUAAUGUCAAGAAAUCUGAUAAUGAGCACAAUGAAUUAAAAUCUGAAAGUGCAUACAGUUCUAUUGGCUUAGCACAAGUGCCCAUGUCAAACAAUGACGUAAUUCUUAAUUGUACACUUUCACCAGUUUGCACUCCAGAACAAUCAGCAUCUGUGCCUGUUUUAAGUACAAGGAGAAUUUUAAGUCCAGAUUCUUUUGUAAAUGACAGUUACCAAGUGGAAAUAGAUAUAAUAGAGCAGUCUGUUCCAAUUUUGUCACCUGAUCAGUUUGUGAAAGACAGCUUGUCAGAUAAACUAUCAAAGACUCCUAAGCUUGAGGCAGCUUUAAUAUCGUCUGCUACAGAGACUUACGUUGUAAAGAAAUUCCUACCCUCAAAAUGGAAAAAAAAUGGAGAUGUAGAGACAAAAACACAUGUUCAUAUAGAACAAAACUUAAAUGAAGUCUUUGAGAAGCAUAAUGUAGAAUCACAGGUAGUUCAUUAUGACAAACCCAAAGAAAAUCACUUCAGUUUUCCUUCUACAGAGGAAUUUCAGACUCACCAUUCUUCUCAGAGAGAGCAACCAAAAAAGCGUCCAGUUCUUUCUGCCACUGUCAUCAAAAAUAAGCCUGAUGCUGCUGAAGAAAAGAGAAUGGAAAACCUCCAGCCAAAAUCUAAAAAAUGCCUUAGUAAAGCGAUAAUGGAAUGUGCUAAUGUGGUACCUGUACAUACAAAAGCAGAAAUAUCAAAACACCUUCCAGUUAUAGGUCCCAUUUCAGCUGAAAAUAAGUGUCACAAUGACAAAGUAAAUUCAUAUACUGGAUCAACUUCUUUGUGUCGUAAGAGGAAAAGUGAAAUAUGUGUAGAAAAUAGUAGAGUUACAGCUCCAGUGUAUGUGGAAGAAGUGGAAAGAAAAAGAACUCUUACAUCUAGCGUGGACAAUAAAAUGCAUAUUACUGUGAGGCCAUCAGCCUUCAAACCGACAAACCGAGAGAGAGUAGGGCAGAGAAAGAAAGCUGGUUCUUCACUUCAGAAAGCAUCUAAAACUACCAACAGAAUUAGUAAACCCAUUCCUGGAUUGGCUCAGUCUCACCUAACGUUUGUGAAACCACUGAAAACAGUCAUCCCUAGGCACCCAAUGCCUUUUGCUGCUAAAAACAUGUUUUAUGAUGAACGUUGGAAGGAGAAGCAGCAACGAGGUUUCACCUGGUGGUUAAAUUUUGUACUUACCCCUGAUGACUUCAAUGUAAAAACAAACACCUCACAAGUAAAUGCAGCUGCUCUUAUCUUGGGAGAAGAGAACCAUCAUAAAACCAGUGUUCCUAAAGCACCAACGAAAGAUGAAGUGUCUCUAAAAGCUUAUACGGCUCAUCGUAAGCUGAAUAAGUUACGACGUGAUGCUUGCCGUUUGUUUACAUCCGAAACAAUGGUUAAAGCUAUUAAGAAGCUGGAAGUUGAGAUUGAAUCUGGACGUUUGCUAGUUCGUAGAGACAGACACCUCUGGAAAGAUGUAGGAGAGAGGCAGAAAGUCCUUAACUGGCUUUUAUCUUAUAACCCUUUGUGGCUGCGUAUAGGUCUGGAGACUGUUUACGGAGAACUGAUAGCUUUGGAGAGUAAUAGUGAUGUUACGGGUUUAGCAAUAUUUAUCCUGAAUCGAUUGCUUUGGAACCCUGACAUUGCAGCUGAAUACAGGCAUCCCACUGUGCCUCACCUUUACCGAGAAGGUCAUGAAGAAGCGUUGUCAAAAUUCACACUGAAAAAAUUGCUGUUGUUAGUUUGCUUUCUGGAUUGUGCCAAACGGUCUAGAAUGAUUGACCAUGACCCUUGCCUUUUUUGUAAGGAUGCAGAGUUCAAGGCAAGCAAAGACCUUCUGCUUGCAUUUUCUCGGGACUUCCUGAGUGGUGAAGGUGAUCUUUCCCGCCAUCUUGGUUUCUUAGGACUACCUGUCAGUCAUAUUCAGACUCCACUUGAUGAAUUUGAUUUUGCUGUAACCAAUCUGGCUGUGGAUUUACAAUGUGGCGUUCGUCUUGUGAGAACAAUGGAACUUCUCACCAAAAACUGGAAUCUUUCAAAACAACUGAGAGUUCCUGCAAUAAGUCGUCUACAGAAGAUGCAUAAUGUUGAUGUUGCUCUUAAUGUCCUUAAAGAGCGAGGAAUUCACUUGAAAGAUGAAAGUGGUGCUUCAAUUGAUUCCAGGGAUAUUGUGGAUAGACACAGAGAACGAACGUUAGCACUCCUGUGGAAAAUUGUCUUUGCCUUCCAGGUGGAUGUUUUUCUUAAUGUGGAACAGUUAAAAGAAGAAAUUGAAUUUUUAAAGAAUGCACACAAGAGGAAAACACAAUUGGGUACUCUCAAGACUUUUCCAAAUGGCUGUAGAGUACAAGAAGAUAAUAGUAGCAACUCCUUACCUCAAAGCUACAGUGAAAAUGUUAAGCUGCUGAUGGCAUGGAUUAAUGCUGUUUGUGGAUUUUACAAUAUUAAGGUGGAAAACUUCACAGUGUGUUUCUCAGAUGGUAGAGUCUUAUGUCAUUUGAUUCAUCAUUAUCAUCCAUGCUACAUGCCUUUGGAAGCUGUGUGCCAACGUACAACACAAACAGUAGAAUGCUCAAGAACUCAUACGGUGGGCCUAAACUGUUCCCCCUCAUCCUCUUCAGAGUCCGAUACUUCUUUAAAUGUUAUGGAAGGAAUGUUUGACCAAACUGUAACUACCUCAGUCCUGUACAAGGAGCUCUUGGACAAUGAAAGGAAAAACUUCCAGCUAAUCAAUGCAGCAGUUUCUGACCUAGGUGGAAUACCAGCAAUGAUUCAUCACUCAGACAUGUCAAAUACAAUUCCUGAUGAGAAGGUUGUUAUUACCUACCUAUCAUUUCUGUGUUCGCGGCUUCUAGAUCUUCGGCAAGAAACUCGAGCUGCACGAUUAAUUCAGUCUGCUUGGAGGAAUUACAGGCUGAAAAGGGAACUGAAACUUUCUCAGGAAAAAGACAGAGCUGCUCGGAUAAUUCAAAAAUCUGCAAUAAACUUCUUGUUUCGUCGACGCAUCCUGAAGAAAGUGAAUGCAGCAGUUUUCAUCCAGAAGCACUGGAGAAGAUACUUAGCCAGGAUGAUUUUUUUAAAUCUGAAAAAGACAAAACUGGAGGAAGCCAGAAGUAAAUCUGCCACGGUCAUUCAGGCUUAUUGGAGGAGAUACUCUGCUAGGAAAAGAUAUUUACAGCUAAGAUACUAUGUUAUUUUUGUACAAGCAAGGAUAAGGAUGGUUAAGUCGGUUGCUGCAUAUAAACGAAUUAUUUGGGCUGCUGUUACAAUUCAGAGUCAUCUGCGUGCAUUUAAGUUGGCAAAAAAAGAUCGUCAAAGAUAUGAAACCUUGAAAUCUUCAGCACUUACUAUUCAGUCUGCAUUCAGAAGAUGGAGAAAAUGCAAAAUUCAACAGAAAAUUAAAGCAACUUUAGUGCUUCAGGCUUACUUCCGAAAAUGGCAAUCUUCAAAACUGGCUAAAAGAAAGAGGGCUGCCCUUGUCAUACAGGCUUGGUAUAGGAUGCACAGAGAUCUGAAGCGGUAUCUACGUAUUAAGCAAAGUGUUAUCAAGAUUCAGGCUUGGUACAGAUGUCAGCUGGCUAGACAUAUUUACCAGGAAUACAGGGCAAAAAUAGUGGCAAUUCAGCAGUAUUACAGGGCUUAUAAACUAGGAAAAAUUGAAAGAGAGGACUAUUUGCAAAAGCGUGCAGCAGUGAUAGCUCUCCAAGCUGCUUUUAGAGGCAUGAAGGCACGUAAAGUAUACAGGCAAACAAAAGCAGUUUGUGUUGUUCAGUCACUGUGGAGAAUGAAAAAAGAGAAACUAAGAUUCCUACGAUUAAAAAAAUCUGUUACUACAUUGCAGUCACAUGUGAGAAAAUACCAACAAGUAAAAAGAUACAAAGAGAUUAAAAACGCUGCCUCUGUAAUUCAAACUUGGUAUAGGGCACAUGUCACUUCUAAAAAAGCAGCUGCUUCUUUCCAGAGGAUGCGUCUGGCUGCUAUUGUCCUACAGUCUGCCUACAGAGGAAUGGAAGCUAGGAGAGAGGCUCGCGUGUUGAGAUCUGUGAUAAAAAUUCAGUCAAGUUACCGUGCUUAUGUUGUCCGGAAGAGAUUUAAAAGCUUGAAAGAUGCAACAGUGAAGAUUCAAGCUUUUGUAAAGAUGAAGCAAGCACAUACGCAUUAUUGUACAUUAAGGGAGGCAACGCUUUUUGUCCAGCAAAGGUAUCGGUCUCAUAGAUAUGCUCUUCAACUUAAAGAAGAUUAUAGAAAAUUGAAGGGAGCUUGCAUAAGAAUUCAAGCUGUAGUUCGAGGCUAUCUUGUCAGGAAACAAAUACAGAGGUGGAGGAAGACUGCAGUAUUUCUCCAGGCUUGCUACAGAAUGAGAAGGGACAGGCAACAUUAUUUAAGCAUCUAUAGUGCUUCCAUUGUCAUUCAAAAGCAUUAUCGCGCAUACAGAAAGCAACUGUGUCAGAGGCAGGAGUUCUUGCAAGUUAAAAAAGCAGCUGUGUGCUUACAGGCAGCUUACAGGGGUUAUAAAGUACGCAAAAAGCUUGAACUUGAGUAUAGAGCUGCUAUUAAAAUUCAGACUGCUUUUAGAGCUCAUGCUGCAAGAAUGAAAUACAAGGCAAUGGUUCAAGCUUCCAUUGUGAUUCAGAGGUGGUACAGAACUUAUAAGACUGGCAACAAGCAAAGACUGAACUUCUUAAUAACAAGAGCAGCAGUGCUUUCUUUACAGGCAGCUUUUCGUGGCUGGAAGGUACGAAAGCAGAUUCGAAGACAACGUAUUGCUGCUACUAAGAUACAGUCAGCCUUCAGAAGAUUCAUGGCGCUGAAAAAAUUCAGACUUAUCAACCAUGCUGUGCUAACUAUCCAAAAGCAAUACAGGGCCACUCUUAUAGGCCACAAACAACGGCAAAAAUACAUUCAGCUGCGUAACUCUGUAGUGCAUCUUCAGGCAAUAUGGAGGGGGAAAACUGUGAGAAAAAUAAUUCAAAAGAAACAUAUUCUUGCAACAAUUGUUCAGUCCUAUUACAGAAUGCAUGUAAAUCAACUAAAAUAUAAGAAACUAAGACAAGCCGCUGUAGUGAUUCAGAAAUACUUCAGAGCUUACUGUAUGAAAAAAAAUGAACGUGCAGUUUAUCUAAAAACAAAGGCAGCUGUGUUAGUCUUGCAGUCUGCUUACCGUGGGAUGAUUGUGAGGAAACAAUUGAACAAACAAAACAAAGCUGCCACAACCAUACAAGCUGCCUUCAAAUCUUACCUGGUCAAAAAGGACUAUGAAAGACUUAGAUCUGCAGCUAUAGUAGUUCAAAGGCAUUAUCGUGCAAUUAUGCAUGCUAAACAUCAAAAGCAGAAAUAUUUGUCUUUAAAAAAAGCCGCAGUCAAAUUGCAAGCUAUUUAUAGAGGUGUGAGAGUUAGACGACGAAUUCACUGCAUGCAUCAAGCAGCUAUUUGUAUCCAAGCCACAUUUAAGAUGCAUCGAAUGAACAUAAAAUAUCAGGCAAUGAGAAUGGCAGCAAUUAUAAUUCAAAGACAGUAUAAAGCAUUUUGUUUAGGCAAAGUACAACGUAAAAAGUACUUGGAACUAAAGAAGUCUAUCAUUAUCCUUCAGGCUGCCUGUAGAGGCAUGAAGGUGCGACAAGACUUAAAAACUAUGCAUCAGUCAGCAGUGAUAAUACAGUCUUAUUAUCGAAUGUACAAACAACAGAGGGAUUACAGAAAAUUGUUGCUGGCAACUAGGCAGAUUCAGCAGUGGUUCCGUGCUUGUAAGGAGCGAAAUACACAAGUUCACAACUAUAUGAUUAUGAAAAGUGCUACACUUUGUAUCCAGGCUGCGUUCCAUGGUAUGAAAACAAGAAGACUUAUAAGAACUAUGAGUGAAUCAGCUGAGCUUAUUCAAAGAAGAUUUAGAACUUUUCUCAAAAGAAAACAUUUUCUUUCCAUUAAGACAGCUGCUAUUGUAAUUCAGAGAAAAUACAGGGCAACAAAACUAGCAAAAAUUCAACGUCGAAAGUAUCUGUCUUUCCUUAAUGCUGCUGUUAUCAUACAGUCUGCUUAUAGAGGCUUUGCGGUAAGAAAAAAAAUGCAGCAGAUGCAUCAAGCUGCUACAGUUAUUCAAGCAAUGUUAAGAAUGCAUAAAAUUUACAUUUCUUAUCAAGCUGUCAGGCUUGCUUCAGUAAUCAUACAGCAACGUUAUCGUGCUUACAGGGAAGGGAAGCGUGUAAGAGAAAUAUACUUAAAACUCUACAAUUCUGUUUUAGUUCUUCAGGCUGCCUAUAGAGGAAUGAAAACAAGAUGUUUCUUGAAGAAAAGACGUGAGGCAGCACUUACAAUACAGAGAAACUACCGAAUGUAUAGGCAGUACUGCCAUUACAGAAAAGUUCAGUGGGCAACCCAGCUAAUACAGAAGAGGCACAGAGCCAAUAAUCUAAAGAAAAUUGCAGUACAGCAGUACUCUUCAUUAAAGAAAGCAGCAACUUGUAUUCAGAAGGCUUUUCGAGACAGGCAAGCAAAAAAACAUCGAGAAAUGCACUGUGCUGCUAUUGUUGUUCAGAAAAAUUUUAAAGCUUUUAGAGAACGUCAAAGAUAUCUCUCUCUUAAAGCAGCUAGUCUUGUCUUUCAGAGAAGAUACAGAGCUUUGAUUCUGUCAAGACAGCAUACUUUGGAGUAUCUUUCUCUUCGCAGAGCAACUAUUCAUAUACAGGCUGUGUACAGAGGCAUCAGGGUGCGGAAGAGUAUUGAGCAUAUGCAUUCAGCUGCUAGUACAAUACAGUCAGCCUACAAAAUGCACAAGAAUAGAAGAUCCUAUCAAAAUAUGAGAAUUGCAGCUAUUGUUAUACAGAACUACUAUCGUUCCUACUUUAAAGGAAAGAAUCAACGAAAGAAAUACCUGACAAUGAAGAAUUCUGCUCUUGUUAUUCAAGCAUCUUAUAGAGGCAUGAAGGAACGACGGAAACUGAAAAUCAUUCUUGUUUCAGCAAUUGUAAUACAGUCUAAUUAUCGCAUGUACAGACAACAUAGAUACUACAAACAGUUGUGCUGGGCUGUCAGAGUUAUACAACAAAGGUUCAGAGCCAAAAUGGCAAAAGAAGCUGACAUGGAAAACUAUGCAAAAAUAAAAAAGGCUGUCAUUUGCCUUCAAUCCUCUUUUCGUGCUAAAAAAGCUAGGCAGUUGUAUAAAACCAGUGUUGCUGCACGGUGCAUACAAUCAUUCUUACAAAUGCGCAUAGAGAGGAGGCGCUUUCUUGAAAAGAAAGCAGCAGCAAUAAUGAUCCAGUCUAUGUUCCGAUGCCAAAGAACAAGGAUUCGCUAUAAAUUGAUUCAGAGUUCAGCAGUUGCUAUUCAGAGGUGGUACAGAGCAUGUCGCAGGGCUCGUUUACAGAAAGCAGAGUAUUCUGCUCAAAGGCAAGCAAUAGUAAUUAUUCAGUCUGCUUUCCGUGGUAUGAAAGCAAGAAAAAUAGCAAGACAAGCACGAGCUGCAAGAACGAUUCAGUCUUUUCUUCAGAUGGCUGUGCAGCGUAGAAAAUUUAUUCAACUUAGAACAGCAGCUAUUACGUUACGAGCCUAUUACUUAAUGCAUAAAACUAAAUCAGAGUAUGCAAGCUAUAAAAAAGCAGCAGUUGUCUUACAGCGAUACUACCGAUCCCAUUUGAUUGUGAAAUACCAAAGAAUGACUUAUUUACAAACACGGAGGAACGUUAUCAUUGUGCAGGCUAGAGUCAGAGGAUUCAUUGAAAAGAAGAGGUUUCACAAAAUUAAAGAAAGCACAAUAAAAAUUCAGGCAUCAUAUAGAGGAUAUAAAGCCAGGCAGUGGGUUAACAAAAUGAGAGCAGCACAAGUAAUUCAAGCCUGGUUUCGAGGCUGCAGAGCACGGAAGGAAUAUGCAUCUGUGGUAAAAGCUAUAUGUGUUAUCCAGAGACACUUCAAAACAAAACAACAGCGGGCCCGGUUUUUAAAAAUGAAGAUCUGUGCACUUACCAUUCAAAGAAGAUGGAGAGCAACCCUUACUGCACGAAUGAUUCAACAUCAGUUUCUGGCAACUAAGAAUGCUGCACUUAAGAUUCAGUUGGCAUAUAGACAAAGCUCCAAAGCUUCAUGUUUGAUCCAAAAAGCAUACAGAGGUUUCAAUGCAAGAAGGAAAUUUGUUCAAUAAAAAACUGCUACUGUAAUUAUCUGAAAACAUCUGAGGGCUUGACAGGAAGGCAGGCUUCAAUUUAUGAAAUACAACAAAACUAGAGGAGCUCUCAUUAAACUGCAAGCACUUAUAUGGGCUUUAGUCAGAAAAAAGCAUGAACAAAAACAAAAGAAGAGACUACUUUAUUUUACAGCAGCUGCAUAUCAUCAUAUCUCUGCAAUUAAAAUUCAAAGGGCAUAUAGGAUUCACCUCAUCUUAAAACUUGCACAAAAGCAGAUCUCGUCUGUUCUUCUAAUACAGAGAUGGUUCCGAGCAAAAAUGCAACAAAAGAGAUUUCUAAGAGAUUAUCAAAGAAUCAUUCAAUUACAACGUGUGAUUCGAGGCUGGCUAAAUCACAGAAAUGAUGCAGCAACCGUAAUCCAGCGAAAUGUACGAAGAUUCCUUGCCUGCAGACGUAGGAGAAAAUUUGCAGCUGGAAUAAUUAAAUUUCAGGCAUUGUGGAGAGGAUAUUCUUGGAGAAAGCAUAAUGAUACAGCAAAAACCCAAGCUUUAAGAUGUAGUUUGGCAAAGGCUAACGAAAAGAGCAGAGAAGAAAACAAAUUGUGCAACAGAACUGCAAUUGCUAUUGAAUACCUUCUAAAAUACAAACAUAUCUCUUAUAUUCUUGCAGCAUUAAAGCAUCUGGAGGUGGCUACCAGGCUGUCCCCGCUUUGUUGUGAAAAUAUGGCCCAGAGCAGAGCAAUCUUCACUAUUUUUGUUCUGAUCCGAAGUUGCAACCGGAGUGUUCCAUGCAUGGAUGUGAUCAGAUAUUCAAUUCAGGUUCUACUUAAUGUUUCAAAGUAUGAAAGAACUACUCAAGCAGUUUAUGAAGUAGAAAAUUCUGUAGAUACGUUACUAGACCUACUGCAGAUGUACAGAGGGAAAGCUGGGGACAAAAUUUCAGAGAAAGGAGGAAGCAUUUUCACAAAGACCUGUUGUUUGUUGGCCAUCCUUUCAAAGGAUUCGAGAAGAGCUCUGGAAAUCCGAAGCAUACCGAGAGCGGUUACUUGCAUUCAAAGCUUGUAUAAACUUACAGCUCGUAAACACAAAAUGGAUGCAGAGAGAACACUUGUAAAGCAGAAAACAAACACUUUCUUAAGUGGAACUUCCUUCAUUCCAGUAACUCCUCUAAGAAUAAAAACAGUUUCAAGACUUAAGCCAGACUGGGUUUUGAGGAAAGAUAACAUGCAAGAAAUUGUGGAUCCUUUGCAAGCAAUUCUGAUGGUGGUGGAUACACUCGGUAUUGCCUGCUACUGAAAUGUAAAUGA